AUGCCAAUUGACCCAGAAAAGCUCGCCAAGUUGCAAAAAGCCAGCGGCCCAAAGAAGGUGGGUGGCUCCAGAAUAAAGGUCAAGAAGGGUUCCAAGAACACUGAGGCCGAUGACACCAAGCUGCAAGCCACUUUGAAGAAGCUUAACGCCGUUACCUUGGACGGUGUCGAUGAGGCCAACUUCUUCAAGAACGACGGUAAUGUUUUGCACUUCAACAGAGUUGGUGUCCAACAGGCUGCUCAGUACAACACCCACACUUUCACAGGUUACGCCCAGGAGAAGCCUCUCAACGAAUUGAUCCCAGGUAUCUUGCCACAAAUGGGUGCCGAGAACUUGAACAUGCUGCAACAGCUUGCCGAGAGACUCCAGAACAACAAGGCUGCCUUGAACGAGUUGAACCAAGAGGCCAAUGCCGGUGCUGCUGGUGCUGACGACGAGGAGGUCCCAACUUUGGUUGAGAACUUUGACGAUGUCGAGUAA